AACAAAAAUCUGUCGUUGGAACAACAUUUAAAAUAUCGACAAGAUUUGUCACUUUUAGAUGUACCUGGCGAUGUUCAUAUUUUUGGUAACAGAAAAGAGAUUCAUCAUGUUGGUUAUCUAAAAGUACAUAAAACAGCAAGUACCACGAUGUUCAACGUUUUUAGUCGUUUUGCUCUAAGUCGAAAUCUAACAGUGGCUCUCCCUUUGAGGACGAACUAUCUCUCAUCAUCCCGAUCCCCCCGUUCAUGGCAGAUACAGCCACCACCAUUUAAUGAGACUUUUGAUAUGGUCUUCCACCAUUGCUUUUUUAAUGACAUGGUCUUCAAAUCACUGUUGCCGGACUCAAGUGUAUUUAUUGCGUCUGUUCGAGACCCUGUUUCAAGAUUUAUAUCGGCUUUUAAUUAUUUUCGUAAUGUGUAUAAAAGGAGUUAUUUAAAGCACAUAAACAGCGAGAAUAGACGUGUCCACCCAAUCCACGAGUAUCUUCGCAAUCCUGGGCUGUAUGACACGCGUAUGACGUCACCCACACGAAACGGAAUGGUGCGGGAUUUCGGAUUCCCACGAAAGUAUCUUCAAAACCAGACUUUGUUUGAAAGAUUUCUAGGUAAACUUGAUACUUUUUUUGACUUGGUUCUAGUUGUUGAAUAUUUCAACGAAUCGCUUGUUUUGAUGAAAAGAUUGCUAAAUUGGCAUAUAAAAGACAUUCUGUACACUCCUCUCGUUUCCGGUGAUUCUAGACAUGACGUAAAACUCACAGAAGACGAAAUCCAGACAUACAAACAAUUUUCAAAUCUUGAUGUCACAUUAUAUGAAUUUUUCCUUAAAAAGUUCAAACUAACAUUAUUAAAACAAGACGAGACCUUUUUUCAGGAAUUAAACUAUUUCAAGAAAUUGCUAGAUAACGUGAAAUCAUACUGUAACUCUGGAACUGAAGAGAUUUUUCAUGUACAGAAAUCAAAAUGGGAUCAAGAAUUCGUACUGAAUUUAUCGGAUUGCAAAUAUAUGAAAACAGGAGAAUUAGAACUUACCAAGAUUAUGAAAAGCAAUCAACAAAAACUCAUAUCCGUAGCUGGUUCAAACAAACAGUUUUCUCUAAACAACCUGGGGAGUUCAGGUUCAGCAUUUAACCCCUAAAAAAUAGCAAUAAAAUAACAU